AUGCAGCUUUUCAUCUAUCUAGCUACUAGUUUUCCCCGCCUCUGGUAUAGCGUUCCUUUCCGGCUUAUUCGCUUCAAACAAUCAAAGGAAAACCACUUGUCCACCUCGAGAGAAUCAAUCCGCGUUUUCUCUUCCCGUUUAUUUCAUUCACAUUUUUUUCAUUUUUUUUUUUCUCUAUUUUACUUCAUUUUUCUUUCUUAUUCUUUAAAGAUCUUCUUUUCCCUAUAUUUCUUUCGAUUUCGCUUAGUUUCAUUUUUUUUUUUUUUUUUUUUGCCUUUUCCUCCCAUUCUUUUCUUCAUUGUUCAUUUUUCUUUCUUUUACUUUUUUCUUUUCUUUUUUCAUCUUUUAUCUUUAAUUGACGAUCUUCGUCGUUUUUCUUCUAUAUUUUCUCUCUCUUCCUUCGAUAUAUUUUUUUGUUUUUCUAUUUCUUUCCUAUUUUGUUUUCUUUCUUCCUUUUCGUAUCUUUUUCUUUUCGAUUUUUUUGUUUUUCCUACUAUUUUUAUUUCUUUUCAUAUCUUUUUCUGUUCUUAUUUUUUCUAUUCUUUUCCUUUUCAUGCCUUUUGCUUUCUUUUUUCUUAUCCUUUUUUUUUCUGUUCUUUUUUGCGUUUUCCUAUUUUUUCUGUUAUUUUUCCUUUUCUUAACUUUUUCUGCUCUUUUUCUUUUUCCUCUCUUUUUCUGUUUUUUCUUUUUCUAUAUUUUUCGUUUUUUUCCUUUUCCUAUCUUUUUCUGUUCUUUUCUCAUCAUUUUCUCUUCUUUUCUCAUCAUUUUCUCUUCUUUUUCCUUUUCUACUUUUUCCUUUUCUUAUUUUUCCUGACUUUUCUCUUCUUUUUUCUAUUCCUAUCUUUUCUUUUUCUUUCUCCUUUUCCUAUAUUUUUCGGUUUUUUUUCUUACCUUUUUCUCUUUUUUCCUUUUCUUCUUUUUCCUAUCUUUUUCUUUCUUCCUGUUUUUCUUUCCUUUGUUUCUUUGUUUUAA